AUGGGGAAGAAAGGAGGCUGGUUUUCCUCUGUAAAGAAGGCUUUGAGCCCAAGUUCAAAGAAAUCAAGUAAAUCAAGCAAAAAGGGGAAAGGGAAGGAAGAGGCCUCAAUUCCCGUCACCACAACUGUAGAGAAUGUCCCAAUUCCUCAACCUGAUCCUGUCCCAGUGGAGGAGCCAGACUUGACGGAAGUGGAGGAUGAGCAAACAAAACAUGCCUACUCAGUUGCAGUUGCCACGGCUGCUGCUGCAGAAGCUGCCGUUGUGGCUGCUCAGGCCGCUGCAGAAGUUGUCAGGUUGACUUCUACAGCUCCUUAUACAGGAAAAUCAUUAGAGGAAGUUGCAGCAAUUAAGAUCCAAACUGCAUUCCGAGGUUAUCAGGCAAGGAGAGCAUUACGGGCACUAAGGGGUCUUGUCAGGUUAAAAACACUUGUAGAUGGGCCCACUGCAAAGCGCCAGACGGCAAAUGCAAUGAAAUGCAUGCAGGCUCUUUCUCGUGUUCAUUCACAAAUUAAUUCCAGAAGGAUCAGGAUGUUAGAGGAGAACCGGGCUCUCCAAAGACAGCUCCUACAGAAACGCGCGAAAGAACUUGAGAGCUUAAGGAUGGGAGAAGUAUGGGAUACUAGUCUACAAUCGAAAGAGCAGAUUGAAGCGAACUUACUUCACAAGUAUGAAGCAACUAUGAGAAGAGAAAGAGCACUGGCUUAUUCAUACUCUCAUCAGCAAACUUGGAAGAAGUCAUCGAGAUCCUCCAACCUACUCUUUAUGGAUCCCACUAAUCCACACUGGGGUUGGAGCUGGUUAGAACGAUGGAUGGCUGCCCGACCUUGGGAGCAAGGGAUUGGCGAGAAAGAACUUAACGGUGACCAGUCAUCCGUCAAAAGUGCAAGUUUGAGCAAUAUCGGAGAAAUCACGAAAGCCUUUGCCCGCCAUCAGCUCAACUCUGAUACCGCUUUCUCACCAACCGGCCAAAACAUAAAAAAUUCUUCCAAUCAUGAGUCUCCAAGUACUCCAACAUCUAAGCCAAUUGCUCCCAAAAAAUUGAGAUCUGCAAGCCCAAGGGUUGGUGCUCCUAACCAAGAUGAUGAUGCCCGCAGUGUAUUCAGUGUACAGUCUGAGAGAAAUAGGAGGCACAGCAUUGCUACAACAUCCAUAAGAGAUGAUGAAAGCCUGUCUAGUUCUGCAUCCGUCCCAAGUUACAUGGCUCCUACUAAGUCCGCAAAGGCAAAGACAAAGUUGCAGAGUCCUUUAGGAGUGGAUAAUGGGGCUGCAGAAAAGGCACCAAUUGCUGCUGCAAAGAAGCGUCUCUCUUAUCCACCUUCACCAGCCAGGCCAAGGCAGAAUUCGGGUGCCCCAAGAGCCAACAGCAUCACUGUCACCACCCACGAAACAAAUGGAGGGAUAAAUGAAUAGUACUGCCUGUAAAACUGCAGCAGAAAUCUGCCUUCUAGAAUAGGACACAAUUUCUCAAGAGACCAAUACACAAGGAAAAAAAAAGGGUGAGAAUUCAUUUGUGUUUUACAUGUAUCAUUUAGAUUCAUUCUAAGAUUUAUUGCUUGUGGCUUGCUUUAAGGUAUAUGAGUCCAGUAGCAGGAGUGCUUUGUUCCUUUACUGCAGCUGUCAGAGAUGUAAUAUUCUUUUAAUUGUUUACAAAGUGAUUUCUUGAUUGUGAUUACUUGUACUAUUGUAUCAUCGGAUCACAACUAUUGCUAUUUAAAGGGGAAAAAAAGAUACUCAAAUUUCUUUC